AUGCAUACGGAACAGAGAAUGCUGAAUUAUCCAAACGGUACCCCAACAACCAUUGCCAAAAACUUCCCAUAUUGGUUUAAACCCUUUGUAUGUCCAAGAAGUUUGUACGAUGUUCCCGAGAAGGAGGAAGCGGGACAUGGGGAUCCAGUGUAUGAAAAUCAACCAUACCAACAAGAUGUGGACAUUUCUAAUUUUAAUGUCAGUGAAAGCGACUUAGCGGAUUUGAGUCGUGAUGAUGAGGCACCAACAAUCGUUACUGAGCCAGUCAUACGAGCCAUUGAUGGACGAGCUGCAGCAGUGGAAGCAAGCGAUGAGGAGAUAGAGGACGACACUUUAGAUGACCAUCAUUUCACGACGAAUGAAACUAAACACCCAGAUGGGAAUGAUCCAUCCUUUAGUGACGAGGAAGAAGCAUAA